GCGGAAUCCCAGAAUGCACCCAGUCAGAGGCCUUCAAUCAAGGCCUUGCUGCUCUAAUCGUACAAUCCAAGAGUGGCAUUGAUAUGGAAGAUGCUUUCAUCCUCCAUCUUCAUUCCUGUCAAACUCACCUGACAUCCAUUCUGGCUCGAGAACCAUCGGCCAUCGGCGGCAUUACAGGCACGAUGCCCAAUCGAUGCGGAGAUCGACGCCUCUCUCUGGGUGCGGUGGUCCCCUUCGGGCUCUGCUCGGCGGAGCAGGUCUCCUCCGUCGCGUUGGACGCGUCCCGGAGCGGUGCACGAAGCUUGACCCUCCUGGCAGCCCGGUUUGGCGCCGGUGAGACGGAUUUGACCACCUUCGCACCAGACUGCCUUAGCUAUGCUGAUUUGCCAUGUGCUUGCGAGCAUGUGCUCCUGAGUCCGGCACAAGGCUUUUGGCCAUCCUAUGACCAUCUUUGGCACAAGCCAUCGAUCGAACGAUUUUUGAGCUUGCAACACUUGCACUUCCGAUCUCCAACUGAGAUACACUUCACAGGUACUCACUUUUGGCAUUCAUCCAGUUUUGGAAACCUCAAGAAUGCGCUUGACACACCCUACUUUAUUGCUUUGGCCUAUGGAGAGCAUUUUCCAGAGGCUUGCAUGAAGGAGCCAGAAUGUAGGCUCACUCAGGGUUUGUCGAGUAUGCUCAAUUGGCUCGUUACGUUGAAGCAGCUGAAAGCUUUCCCCGAAGGGAAUCAGGUGGCCGCUUACAUCCCCUACUUGGAGGACCUCUCGCACAUACGCUAUGUUGAAGCCUGGCGCAGCACUCCCUGGUUCGUUUUGCUGGAGAAACCGCACUGGUCUGAAGCUUUUCUCUACUUAGUGCAGGAGCUGGAGGAUGUCUUAGAUGCGGAUAUGGGUUUUCCUCUAUCCGAUAACGCUGAGGACAAGUUCCAGCGUUCUGUGCAACGAAUGGGCUCUGACGCUUCCGAUGGCCUCCCUUCCAUGAUUGGAAUGUAUUUUUGUGUUGGAGAUGAUGUGCUAAGUGCUAGGUGGCCAUCUGAGGCCAUCUGCCACCGGCAGAGGAGGUGUUUCUUCCAAGGUGGUGCUUGUUCCCGGCUGGGCAAACUCCAAGAACAGGCGCUUGGACUUAGAAAUGAUGAGGACAUAGCGCUUGCCAUUGCUCGGUUGCAGCAGGCGGCCUUUGAAGCACCUUGUUUUGAGCACUUUGCUCGGAGCAUGGUGAUUUUUGGGGCAGCGAUCCGUCCGCUGUUGCCAGCAGGUGCUUGGCCUUGGCCUUCAUCAUCGAUGCCGGCGGAGUCAGGAAAGACUCAAUCGAUUUGGCGCCUUUGCAACCAGCCAGACAUAACUCACCGUCGUGUUGGCCAAGCAGAGCUGCACUUUUUCUCCGCUGAUGUUAUACUGGUUGGAGAGGAGCUGCAGGUUGAGUUGCUUUGGACAGCGACCUCGGACGACAGCUGCAUCAUGGUUGGAAGCAAUUCUGAAAGGGAGAAUGACACGUACUAUUCUUUCCUACACACACUUCCUCACUCCCACCUGAUGCAUUGGGAAUGUGCCUUCAACAUGCCUCAGGGCAUCGAGUUCCAUUCCAGCAGUGCUGCUGCAAGCACUUCCCUGUCCGGUUUCACGUCCAUCUCCACAUGCCGGGUCCCACCAGACACUGCCGCUGCAAAGCUCCUGAAGUGGGAGACGAGAGCGACUGCAGCAUUGGAGCUUCAGCUGCGAGCUGCCUGGCGCCCCGAACCUUUGCGCUUAUGCCCUCGCAGCCGGGCGGUGGUUCGCCGUGUGUCGGCUUGCAGCUCUCCGCUGCAUCACGCUGACCGCAUACACAAACUCCUGCCACAUGCUGUGGAAGACUGGCUGAAUUACCACUUUGCGAUCGGCAUAGAACACUUCACCGUCUUUGACACAGACGGGUCGUACAAGCGAUUUGUGCAGCCCUUCGUGGAGCAGGGGCUUGUGACCUACCACGAACGUUUCCCGUAUCAGGUGUCUCCGAAGCUGGGCCUUGCCGCUGAAGCCAAGGAGCUGAGAAAACAACGCCACAUGCUUUUGGAACCACAUGCUUUGGAGCUAUGCAUUUGGGAGAACAGACAGGUGUCUGACUGGGUGGUGGUCAUUCACUCCUUCGAGGAGUAUCUCCACUCGCGCAUUCUAGCCGAGAAACUGCAGGUGUCUCGGUUGCUCAUUUUUGCUCGCACCUCUGCUAGGCCGAGGAAAGAUCCACCCCUUUGAAUUUACACCUUCCCCCCCAUGGUGGCCAUUUCUUAGAACAGCUUGGGAAUGCUCCCGUUUGGUCUGGCCAUUCGGGUGCGCAGUACCAAAUAGGUAGAAAGUAAAUAGACUGACCCCAACUAUAUAGAUAGAACAGUAUAUAGAUCUCCACUAAAAAUGUAUUGGACAUCAUUUCUAUCAAUUUGGGGCCCACUAUAGUUGUUAUGGUCGGGCCGCUGUCAGCUGGGCAGGUUGACUGGACGACUGGAAAAGCAUUCAUUCUUGACAGGCCUGAGGCCUGAGGAUGCCUAUUUAGAAGGCAUGUUGGGCUCACCGACGGGAACAUAACUUGGCUUCCAUUUCAGGUAGAGUUACAUUGCAAUCAUGUGAAUCACUCGAUCGUGAAUCGCCAGGAUUUGCCCUUGGGAACCUGGAUCCAGCAGUGGGCGAAUGAGGUUCCUGGGACUGUGGUCUUUGAGCUUUUCCAGGAACCCAUGGGUGGCCCCCGCAGAGCUGGCCGCAGCAUUUUCACCACUUGGACACAGAAGCGAGGUGUGGAAAUGAGUCGUGAUCCAGGCUUGCGAGGGCUGGAAGCAGAUUCACAGCAUUUUCAAUCCUUUGCUUGGAUUGUUGAUCCUGUGAACGUUCUGCAAACUGCAGUGCAUUUGGCCCAGCCAAGAGCUCAUGGUCAAAGCAUUGUCUCCUUGCACGUGGAUCUCCUUCGUGUGAACCACUACUUGGACCUUGGCCGAAAUGCUUCUCGAUGUUUGGAAGAGCUGGGUGGCUGCCAUGUCCUUGACGAAUCCCUCACUUGGGCGGAGGAGACUGUGCUAGAGCGGCGAGGAAAAAAGAAGAUGGAGCUCCACAGGAAGUAGAGCCUGGUAAAGAAAUCCAUUGGAGGGAGGGGCUGUGAAAGAAUCCUAUACAUACCUACCCGACCCAGAUCCAAGUUUUGCUCACAGCCAGAGUCUUGGACCCGGGUACUGGAGGCCUGGUCAGGCUUGGUACUGAUUCCCUAGGAAAUAAGGAGACAUGCAGGCAGCGGUAGCGAGGCA